ACUCAGCUCACUGCACUUGAAACAUUAUUCAGAACCCUGCAGAGCACCAUGAAGUUCUUCUUAUUGGUUGCCUUUUUGGGCGGAGUCUUGAUUUCUACCUCGGAAGCUGGAGUUGUCGGACGUGAUCGUCGCUCAUUUUUCGAUGGUCCUAAAAAACCCAAAUUCCCGAGUUUCGUUUUGGUGGGCCUCGUUGAUCAACCCGUACCGACAGUAGUCGGAAUGCCGCAGCAAAAUCCUUACCCCGGUCCUCCACCUCCGUCUUACGCACCUCCGUCUUACGCACCUCCGUCUUACGCACCUCCGUCUUACCCACCUCCAUCUUAUUCACCCCCAUCUUAUCCGCCACCUUCAUACUCACCUCCAGCCUACGCUCCUCCGCCAUCGCCUUACGGUCCGCAAAGCUACAUGGCUCCUCCGCCGCCGUAUCAGCCGCCGCAGUAUGCGCCAGCAGCACCGGCUCCAAUGCAUCCACCACAAGCUCAACAGCUUCCUGCUCCCGAGCCUCAACAGCUUCCCGCCAGCGAGCCUCAACAGCACGAGCAAAGCGUUCCUGUUCCAACACAGGAAGACUUGAAGCCGACUGAAGCGGAUCCACCAGCAUCAGCCAAACAUGUCGAGACGGAAUCGAGCGAUGCUGCCCCGUCGACAGAAUCGACUAAUAGCGAUAGCAAGAGCGAUGACCAGUCCAACUGGGAAACUUCCACUUCGUCUUCUUUAUAA